AGCGGACCAAACCGUGUGCGAAGCCAAUGAGUGAAUAACCCUGAAACUAGAGUCGAGAGCCCCGCCUCCGCUGUAUCUCUCAACUACAGAAACUGUGAUCCUGUUUUCCCGUCGUCGGGCCGCCGGUGAAUCAAAGAGAAAAAAUGGCUAAGAACCGACCCGAACCCGCGAAAUCUGUCGAUUCGGAGGAGGAGGAAUCCGAGCAAGAGGAGGAAGAAGCUUCAUCUGACGAGAAUGGAGGUUCCGAUUCCGAGCCAGAAACACCCUUAACCCAGGUUUCCACCAAAAAGCCUUCCGCCUCCGCUCCCAAGAAGCCCCAACCCUCUUCUCAACCCAAACGCGUCUCCUCUUCCGAGGAAUCCGGUUCCGAAUCUGACGACGAUUCCGACUCCAACCCUAAUGUCAAGCCCAUCGCUUCCAAGCCCAUGGACGCUCCUUCCGCCGCCGCUACGCCCACUAAGAAGCCCAGAUCCAAACCUGCCGCUCCUAGGCCCACUUCUCCGACCAAAUCCGCCGCCGGAACUAAGCGCCCAGCCGCCGCGGACGGUGAAGCCAAGGAAUCGAAGAAGUCCAAGAAGAAACCCAAUCCUGAGGUUGAGAGUUCGGUUAAGAAAUCGGUGACUGAAGACUCAAAGAAGAAACCCUCUGUUGAGGUUGAGAGUUCUGCAAAGAAAUCACUUUCUGAAGACUCAAAAAAGCAACUUUUUCAAAGACUCUGGAGCGAGGAGGACGAGAUUGCUGUUCUGAAGGGCAUGAUCGCUUAUACGGAAGAAAAGAAUGCUGAUCCAGUUGCUGACUUGAACGCUUUCCAUGAUUUUAUUCGAGAGUCUCUGCAUAUUGAUGUCACCCGGACUCAAUUGCAAGACAAGAUACGGAGGCUGAAGAAGAAGUAUGAAAACAAUGCCCGUACUAGUCAAAAGAAAGGAAAGGAGAGAACUUUCUCCAAAAUCCACGAGCAAAAUGGGUAUGAUUUGUCCAAAAAGAUAUGGGGUGGCCAUAAAGCCCAGAAUGGGAGUGUUGUUAAAGCUGCAGAGAGCUCGAAAGCUAGUAAUGCAAGUGCAAGGAAAGACCGGAUUAAGAAUGCUGUUAUUCCAGUUAAGGAUUCCACUGUAGCAGCAGCAGCUGAGGUGGUUGAUCAUGUUUUGGAUGAAGAGAAAGAAGCUAACACAAACAUGGAUGUUGAUAUCAAUGUGGAAGCUUCCAAGAGUUUGAAUUUGAGUGGAGGAAGUCUCUUUGGGAAGUCAGUGAAUGAGUUGGCAGAGUGGAUUGAGAAGAACAAGGCUGGGCUUAGCGAGGAAAAAUUGAUUGAGAUGGAGGGGAAGUGGAAGGCACUUAAAGUAGCCGAGCUCGAGCUGUUCUUGAAAAAGACUGCCUUGAUUCAGGAGCAGGGAAGACUGGUUUUGGAUGCACUGAAAUAGGUUUGCAGGUAUAUUAUGUAACGGGGUGGCUAAUUUCGUUUUGUGCUCAUAGGUCUAUUUUGAUGGUGCUGGCUUUCUGCAUUUACUAUUUACUUUUCGUCAAUUAACUAGCGGAGCAUGGUUGUAGAUGUUAUUGUGUUAUUACAUUGUUUGAACUAGAGUACUUUCUUGACAUUUUAGCUUUGUAUUAAGCUUACAUGAAUCUGCUCCUGACUCCUGUUGUUGUUUCCGUUUAUAUCAUCAUUUAUUACCGUUUUAGUUGUAGCUUCUUUAAUGUUAGCUACAUUUCAAACA